AAGCGCUCUCCAAAGCGAGAUUUGACGAGACAAGGACGAGACAGCUUCUGGUUUAGACAGAAGAAGCAUCGUGCUCGAAAGUUGUCACUAGCAGCUCGUAGGAUUUCUCAUCGAUAAUAGUCUUUGAUUUACACCACUUUUUAUUGUACAGACACUUGGGACACGUGAGAAUGGACUACGGACACGACGAAGGGCCUGGAUUUGUGGGAAUCAGAUUCUGCCAAGAAUGUAACAACAUGCUGUACCCAAAAGAGGACAAAGAGAACAAGAUAUUACUUUAUGCAUGCAGAAAUUGUGACUACCAACAGGUUGCAGACAACAGCUGCAUCUAUGUCAACAAGAUCAUGCAUGAAGUAGAUGAGCUGACUCAGAUUGUAGCAGAUGUUGCCCAAGACCCUACCCUACCCCGCACAGAAGAUCAUCAAUGUCCAAAGUGUGGACACAGAGAAGCAGUCUUCUUUCAGUCACAAACUACAAAAGCAGAGGAUGCCAUGAGACUUUACUAUGUAUGCACAGCUCCAAACUGUGGACACAGGUGGACUGAGUAAUGAGUCUUCAAACCAGAUAAAGAAAGUGUCCAUUCGUCUGGGCAAAUUGGAAUCUUCUGCGUAGAGCUGUACAGUAGCUAACCUUUAUACAGAGGUCUUAACUAGCUUCUUCAACAAGUAACAAGACCGCGUGUAUUAAAUUAUGCAAAGUACAAAUGCUAGACCAUGAUUGCAACCAAGGGAUGUGUAUGAAGUGGAUUUAUUGCCUUAGAUGCAUUUGGCUCUAUCCGCUUUUCAAUACAACUUUUUGGUUGUAGUUAGUGUAGCAGUUGCUGAGAUGUGCUAUGUCACAUUUAACUUCUCACAGUAGGUUUAGCUUUCUGAAGCAUCAUGUAUGGUGAUUACCUAGUAGUUAUGAGUUAUUUUCCCCAAAUAAAGGUAAAUAUUUGCACCUAA